AUGUUGACGGUAUCGUCACAGGAGAAGCAGGAAGUCGCUGAAGAAAGUGAAAGCUCAGAGAACAAAAGACUUUCAGCUCAACAACAGACUGUGGCCUGUAAUGAGUCCGAUCGGCCACUGGAGGGGGCUAAAGCCCGUCUGGAGGAGCUGAAGGAGAGUCUGUACCAGAGGGAGAGAGAGAUCACUGAGCUGCUGGAGGCGGAGAGGAGCCCCAUCCCUCCCGUCCCUCCCGUCCCUCAGCCGCCCUGCAGCGUUCUGCUUCCCACUGUCAUCCAAAAGGCUCAUGCUAUCUGCAGUGCCGUGUCUGACACCAGAGCUCUUUUGGACCUGAUGAUUGAGGAGAAUAGGGUCUCUCUGGUCCAAGCCAGAGACAAGCUGGAACAUCUACAGGCUAAAGGAGACAGUAAUGGCAGAGAGGAUAAGACCAGUGACCAAGAGGGGUUAGAUGAAUAUGAGUCCAGUUUGUCUUUACUACAAGAAACAAUGAGAGGGUUCGAGGUCUCUCAAUUAGCUUUGGACUGCAUCAAAACCGGAGAAAGCCCUGAAAUAAAUGACUGCGACGCGGUCUCAGAGCUGGAGGACAUCUUGGGACGAGGGACAAUCCGAACCACGGAGGGAGUGAAGAGUGUUGGUCAGCAACUUCUCUUGCUGCAGGAUCAGCUAAAGCAAGUUAAAGACGAGAAAAAGAAAGUGAUUGAGAACUACACUUCAGAAAGGACAAUGAGGAAGAAGUAUUACAACAUGGUGGAAAACAUGAAAGGUAAAAUCAGAGUGUUUUGUCGGAUUCGACCGGUGAGCCGAACCGAGGAUGCGCAGGGUGGAGCCAUCAGUGUGGAGAAAAUCGAUGAUUACUCUGUCACAGUGGAAACCCCUCGUGGGCCGAGGGAGUUUCAGUUUGACAAGGUGUUCAGUGCUGAAGCCUCUCAGGAUGAAUUGUUUCAUGACACCCACAGGCUGAUUCAGUCGGCUAUCGAUGGAUACAACGUCUGUAUCUUUGCAUACGGCCAGACGGGCUCAGGGAAGACCUUCACCAUGGUGGGGGACAAGGAACAGAAGAACCCCGGGAUCAUGCCGAGAUCUUUUAAUGCCAUAUUUGAUAUCAUACGGGAGAGCAGCACCAAAUUCGACUUCAAGGUUUCGGCCUAUAUGCUGGAGCUGUACAACGACAGACUGCAGGACCUCUUUGUGAGCCUGGCUGGUGAGGCCCAUGCACAGCCUCAGUCACAUGGCCAGGCCAGGCGGGUGGAGAUCAAAAGGAACAGAAAGGGGGUUGUGUUCGCCCAAGGAGCAGAGACAAAAGAGGCUUCCAGUGCUCAGGAGCUCUACGCUCUGUUCCAGCAGGCCUGCGCAAACCGACACAUCUCUGCCACCAAGAUGAAUGUGGAAAGUUCCCGCUCGCAUCUCAUUGUUUGCAUCAUGGUGGAGAGCAGGAAUCUGACCAAUGGCAGUGUGAGCACCGGGAAGCUGAGCCUUGUGGACCUGGCAGGCAGUGAGAGAGCAGCCAAGACUGGUGCCAAGGACCACCAGCUAAAGGAGGCUAACUCCAUUAACAAAUCUCUGAGUGCCCUGGGUGACGUCAUCUCAGCCUUGUCUGCAGAACUGCCUCAUGUACCAUACAGGAAUAGCAAGCUGACACAGGUGAUGCAGGACUCUCUGGGUGGAAAUGCCAAAACUCUCAUGAUCGUCAACAUCUCUCCUUCAGAAUGCAACGUUGAAGAGACGCUCACAUCUCUCGUUUACGCAACAAGAGUGAAGGCCAUAACAAACAAUGCUCAGAGACAUGUGGAAAGCAAAGAGAUUUCCCAGCUGAAAGAGGUGAUCAUGAAGCUGAGGUCAGGACAGACGGUGGAAGAGGAGGACGUUUGAAGAAAAAUGGUUUUAAUAAUAUAACAUCAUUUUAAGUAAUUGUAAGGAACAUAUCACAAAGAUAUCUCAACAAUGUUAUUUAUUUUUGUAAUAUGGGGGACAUCGAGUUAAUCUUUUCCACAAAGAGUCAAAGGCACAAUUAUUCAUAUAAUAGAAUAAUACAUUUUCUUUUUAAUUCUUUCUUGUUUGACGAACAUUUGAAACAAAUAUAACAUCUUUUUAAGCCUGGUUCUCUUCUUCCUUAUCUCCUGACGGCUCAAUAUCUGACUCCCUUCAUUCGUUUCCUGAAGUACCGCAAAAUGGUUGAAAAUAAAAAGCAGCAUGUCCCAAACGUCCCCCGCCGGACGAUGUGGGUUAAAAUGUGUAUUUUUAAACGCUUAAAUGGACAAACACUUUUAGAAUCUUAAUGUAUACUAGUUAAGACUCUCAUGAAUAAAAUAUAACAUCCUUAUGAAGAACAGAAACAAUAUAUCUUUAUAUAUUUGAUCACACUGUACUGCCAUAAAACGUGUUUGCUGCAUUUUGAACAGACAGAAAAUGUGUUCUGCUGGAUCCCCAGCAAACACAGAGUGUGCUUUUCACAGCACAUUAGGCCUUACAUAAAGUGUAUCCAUGAUGUUUGAAAUAAAGGCCUCAGUGACCCCCACAGAGGACAACAAGGAAUUACAGAGUAAAGUGUUGAACCAGGAUUGUUUGUGUCCUGUCUUGAACAUUGUUUGCGUUGCUUACACGGUGCAUUAAGCUGUGCGUGCUAAUGAACUAGCACAUAUUCCAAGUCAUAUGAAUCUUUCAUUUAGUCGCAUGGAGAGACCGUGACAUCACUCC